UGAUUUCAGUACAUCUUUUAUUGGCUACAGUGGUGUCCUUGACAUUGUCUGUUCAUGCUGCAACUCCUACGAAAAUCGAUUAUCCGGCAUCUAUGACCGUACCCCCUCCGAAUCCAACCUGGAGUGCUCGUUUUUUACACAACUCGAAUAUCCAUAUGCCCAACAUCCCAGUGAAUUCAGCUCCCAUGACUAUCAACAAUUUUACUCUAGAUAUUACUCGCUGUGUUGACGACAAUCAUUGGGGUAUGACUUAUGACGAUGGGCCAACUAACAAUACGCAGAUGGUUCUUGAUUCCCUAGCUUCGCAUAAUCUUAAAGCAACCUUUUUUAUUAUUGGAUCGCGAGUGCUUGGUGAUGGAUCGAGUUUUUUGAAAAAGGUGGUUGCUGCUGGACAUGAUAUUGGAGCCCAUACUUGGUCCCAUCCAUACCUUACUACUCUCACCAAUGAGCAGAUAGUAGCAGAGUUUAUGUGGACUGCAACCAUCAUCAAAGAAGCAGUUGGAAUUGUUCCCAAAUAUUAUCGUCCUCCAUAUGGAGAUAUUGAUGAUCGUGUCAGAGCAAUUACUGCAUCCAUGGGGUUAUUGGCUGUUGAUUGGAGUUUUGCACCUGGUGAUACCAAUGGGUUCACCAAUGUAUCGGCCAUCAUGACAGAGCGUGCUGCUGGUCCUCGAAACGGUGUGAUAUCCCUUGAGCACGAUUUUGCCUAUCAGUACGCUAUACAAGCUCCACCUUCAUUGGAUGCCGUGGUAAAGGCUGGAUGGCAAGUUAAGCCUCUUUCAGAGUGUAUCAAGGUUGACUCUCUCUACAGCGAUUUUAUGGUGAACGAGGCAAGCAACCAUACUGCAAGUACUGCCAGCGCGAAUGUCACUGGUUCCAAAUCUCAAAGCAACGCAUCUACUUCCAACAUGGGUGUUAACUGUAUGAUGCUACUGAUCAGUAUCAUGACAUUCUCUAUCUUUAUGCUGUAAUUCAAACGUUGUUAUCUAUCUUGAUACACUACAUCAGCUGUCUUUUUAUCAUGACCUACAUUCUUGGAACAUCUUAUUGCAUGUCUGUUUCCAACUUUGUACAUGUAUCAUUCCUAUUGAUUUGAAAUAAUAUUCAGAAUUGGUUUGGGUUU